ACAACGUGCCUAACAGAACUCCCAGACGUAGCGCCCUGCAACGGGACUGUGCGUUUACCGCCAACUUGUGAGGAGUCACCCAGCUCUGGAAGCAGCAAGGACCAGAGGGACCAGAGUCCUAGACGCAGAUGUCGGAUCUUAGCACCGAUAUUACUACUGAUAAGUGCUCUUCUACUGGGAGGACUCUGUCUACCGUUUAUACUACAAACUGCCCCUGCCAAUCACGAACAGAGGCUCGAUGUUAUCCGAAGAAUUCUCACUGAAGUGCCUCUGAUUGAUGGGCACAAUGACUUGCCCUGGAACGUGAGGAAGUUUGUGCACAAUCAACUAGGAGAGGUGAAUCUCAGCAGUGACCUGGGCAGAAUUGACCCCUGGGCCAGGUCCGACUGGAGUCACACGGAUAUACCGAGAUUGCGCGCCGGACUUGUUGGUGCUCAGGUGAGUUGAUUACCAAUUGAAUUUUGCUUUGCGAGUCUGCUGACGAUGUCCACUUCGUUAUGUUUGAUAGUUGGAUG